AUGAGCCUUCAAGAACUUGUCACUUCUCUUGCUCAAAGCCAACCCCAAUUUCAACAGGAGACCAAGAACACCUUCUCCAACAUUCAAGCACAAAUUGGAGACUUGGUCACCGCUCUCAACAAGAUGGAACAAAGGGGUAAACUUCCUUCUCAAACCGAGAAGAACCCCAAUGUGAGUGCAAUAACCUUGAGAAGUGGGAAAACACUUGGAGAAAGCAACCCUAAAAGAGUUUCAAGAGAAGAAGAAGAUGAAGUCAUCAUUGUUGAACCUUCAAAAGUAGUACCUCCAAAGGAACCGGUUGUUCCAAACAUUGGUCAAUCCGAAUCUUCCAACAAGACCAUCAAACCAUUGGUCAUACCACCACCCUUCCCUUCCCGGUUAGCCCUUUCCAAGAAGAUAGAAGAAGAAAAUGAAUUAUUUGAAACUUUCCGCAAGGUCCAAAUCAACAUUCCACUAUUGAAUGCUAUUAAGCAAAUUCCAAGUUAUACAAAAUUUCUCAAGGAUUUGUGCACCAAGAAGAGGAAAUUCAAGGAAAAUGAAAAGAUUCAAGUCAAUGAAAACGUGUCUACAGUUAUCCAAAAGAAGUUACCUCCCAAAUGCAAGGAUUCGGGAAUAUUUGCUAUCCCUUGUACCAUUGGUGAUUUUCAUGUAGAAAGUGCCAUGUUAUAUCUUGGAGCCUCGAUCAAUGUGAUUCCAUAUUCGGUUUUUCAAUCUCUCAAUGUUGGACCUUUAGAAGAAACCGGAGUAAUCAUUCAAUUAGCAGACAAGUCAAGUGUGUCUCCAAGAGGAGUGUUGGAGGAUGUGUUAGUACAAGUUAAUCAACUUGUUUUUCCGAUGGAUUUUAUGUCAUUGAUCUUGAAGAGAAGACUCCUUCCAAAUCAUCUAUGA